CCCCCUCUCCCCCCCCCCCCAUUUUGGGGACCCCUCCACAGGCUUUGGGGCUCCCCCCACACCCCCCAACAUGGAGGAGGUGGACAGGAUCCUCAUCCACUCCCUGCGGCAGGCGGGGACGCCGGUGCCCCCCGAAGUGCAGAGUGUCCGGGAGUUGAGCCCCGAGCUGGUGGUGGCCGCUGCUGUCCGGUGCCUCCGCGCCAUCCGCCCAGCCUUGGGGGGUCCCCUCAGUCCCCUGCUGCCCCCCACCAUCUCCGCACGCUUCCGACUCGCCUCCGACCUUGCUGCAGCCUGCCAGGAGUUGGGAUUUGGGGGUGACGUGGGGUACCAGACCUUCCUCUACAGCUCUGAGCAUGACACCCGCCGCCUCCUCCUCUUCCUCGUCGAGAGGCUGCCGAGGGAUGAGAGUGAGAGGGGGGCUGAACCCCCCGGGAAAUCCGGGGCUCUGCUGCGAAGCAUCAGUGCCCGCAUCCGGGAGGAGUUGGGGACCCCCUGGGUGCCCCCCGUUUGUCGCACCCCCCAACUGCAGCGCCUGCAGGGCACAAGUCACCUCCACCCCUUCACCUCCUGUCCCCUGGUGCUGCCUCGGAACGAGGGACCCCCAGAGCUGCAGGAGUAUUUUGGGGGGGCAGCUCCCCCCGUGCCGGCACAGCCCCCUCUUUCCACCAGGACCCCCCCAGCUUUGCUGGAGACCCACGCGGCACAGCUCUGCGCCCACCACCACUGGGAGGCUGUGUGGGGGGGACCCCAUCUGCCCCCCCAGGAACACGUGGAAAGAAAGCGACUCCGUGGUCGGCUGCGAGCCCUGGAGUCCCUGCGCCAAAGCUGCCCCCCCCGGGGGUCCCAGGGACCCCCCCUUGACCCCUCUUGGCUCCAAGAGGCUUUUGGGGUUGGGGGCUCCGGGGGGGCCCUCCCCAAGGGGUCUCGGUUCACCCGUACCCAGCGCCUGACUCGCCAACAGGACCCCCAGACCCUGAUCCAGCAGAUCCAGGUGGCUGCGGGGACCCUGCAGCCCCCCAAAAGCUCUGAAGAGGAUGUAGGGGCAUGGCAAGCCAAGGAGGAAGCAGCCUUAGAGGAGACCCUGACCCAGCUGGAAUCCCAAAUCCAGGAAUGCCGUGGGGGGGUUCGGGAUGCUCAGCUCAGCCUGGCCCAGGUGGAAGCAGAGGUGAGGAGGGAGCAGCUGAUGCUGGGGGGGAGAGAGGAAACCCUGAGGGUGAAAGCCCAGGCGGUGGAGCUGCUCCCCGACGCCCCCAACAACGUGGCCAAGCUCCAGGUGAGGGGGUUUUGGG